UGGGUAUUCCAUGUUAGUUCGUUGACAAACGUACGAUGUAUAGACCGUGUUUAAAAUCUAAAGUAUUUGAAAAACAAACUCCAUUUAUGUGGUGCGGCAAGCAGGGCAGCGGUGCCGAAUCGAUUGGCGACUGGUCUCUGGCGGAUCGCGAGGAUGCUGUCGAUGAUGACGAUAAUGAGCAGGCGCCCCCCACAGCCAUUGUUAUUGUGGAGCCACGACAAAUGCGCCUCCCAACGUCCAGCACCACCAGCAGCUCUAACAGCAGCAGUAUGAGCAACGGUAUUGGUCUCAGUCAUAAUAAUAAUAAUAAUGCUAGCGGUGGUGGUGGUGCUAGUGGUGUCGGUGGUGCUAGCAGCAGCAGCAACACCAGCAUCGGCGGGCACGCGCCCGAUUGGUUUAUGCUCCCACAGGCAGUGGAUGUGAACAACGAUGUGAUGCGUCUGGUUAGCAGCCUCUCGACGGUGGUCCAGAUCCUAACACGAAUGACUAAUGCGGCUGCCCAAGAGCUGCGCCAGCAUCCCGAGCGGGAGGAGGGUUUUCAAGGCCUUCGGCUGUUGCUCAACUAUGCUGAUCAGAUGUACACUACGCUGUUGCAGCCCCAGCCCUUGCCGCCGGAGCGACCCGCCUCGUCAAAUAGGAAUGUUAGCGAGCAGUCGUAUAAUCUUUUCCAUCAUCUCUUCGAGCCCAUGCUCGUCGCCCAUCCGGAAAGGGUGGAAGAUGUGUCAGCGCGCCAAUCGCAGCCAGUGGAUCGAUCACGUGCCUAUCCUUAUCGCGUAGUGGCCGUCGCGGCCAGUGCGACAGGUAUUCCAGGUGGGACACCACCUGGCUCGGAAGCAAGCGGACCAAUAGCGCCAACAUCGGCAAUCGGCGCGAAUGUAUAUCAGAUUCGAAAUUGACAUGGCAGCAGCUUCCCUGCAGCAAUGCGGCUUAAAUUGUUUGUGAAUAAAUUAAUUGCACUGCAAGUAA